UAGAUGCCCAAAAAUAGACCGCGGAAGUCAUUGUAAUUGUAUUCGUGCGGUAGCGGUCAGGAUCAAUAACAUGGUGAGGGACAGAUUACAGCUACGAGUAAGAUAAUGGUUCGAACGUCCAACUUUACCGCAACAAGUUUGUAGAUAGCAAGUCCAACCACUCCAGACAUCUUAUUGUCGUAAUUUCACUUGUUCAAAGAUUAAAGUUUGUGAACUUGGACGUAAUAUGAGUUGUCUGGUUAGGUGCUAUGACUCUAUUUCGGCUGGUUCUCUCGGUGAGCAGUUGCGAUUUCUUUCGGCUCUUUUGCUAAAAUGACUACAUGUGUUUGACAUGCAACUGAGUUGAGGCUGUAACUUCAGUAACUACGUGGCACAAGACUGACUGACCGACAGACCGACCGACCGACACGUGAAAGGCGUGCUGGACUAUACCGCUUGCUCUCUGUGCAGGUUCAUACAACUUUAUGUUAAUACAAUGAAGAUGAGGAAUAUUAUCCUGCUUUCCCCGCUGCUACUUAUGAUCAUGCAACACACGGCAUCUGCAUCCAAAGGUGUCAUUGCAAGUCUUAAAGCCAAAUGGCACGCCACUCCUUUCCUUUUGGAGACAAGUGAAUUUAUUGGAGAGGAUGGCAAUGAGAAAUUCUGGCAAUUUGUUGACACUGUGAAAGAGCUCACCGUCUACAAGCAAGGAGAGUCUGUCCGCUCAUACUACAGCCUUAUCAUUAAAAAGGCCAACCAGUUCCUCACAGAGCUACAAGUGAACUUGCUGAAAUUCGCUCUUGCGCUGCGGUUCUACUCGCCAGCUGUUCACGCCUUCCAGCAGAUCGCCAGCGAUGAGCCGCCGCCUGAAGCUUGUCCAGCUUUUGUCUCCAUUCACGGCCAACACAGCUGCAGUACAAAGAACAUCAAGAAGCUUCUUAAAGCGGCCGCAGGCAGACCCCAUCCGUAUUUGUACAAGAACGAUCACAUAUAUCCUGGGGCUAAUAAAACAGACGUCCCAGUCGUGAUCCUGUAUGCUGAGAUCGGAACCAAGAAGUUCACAACCUUUCAUACCGUUCUGUCAGAGAAAGCUGAAGCGGGGGCUCUCACAUAUAUACUGCGUCAUUUUGUGGCGACUCCAAAGCAACAGAAGAUGCUUUUAUCAGGCUACGGCGUGGAGUUAGCAAUCAAAAGCACAGAGUAUAAGGCAGUGGACGAUACCCAAGUCAAAGAUGCAAAGACAAUCAUAAAGGCAGAGGAAGAAGAUAACGACGAAGUCCAAGGAUUCUAUUUUGGAACAUUGAAGAAAUCUCAUCCUGAACUCCAGGAGCAACUUGGUGAGCUUCGCAAGCAUCUACUGGACAGUACCAAUGAACUGGCCCCUCUCAAAGUGUGGGAGCUACAAGACCUCAGCUUUCAAGCAGCUGCUAGAGUCCUGUCCGUGCCAAAGUUUGGCGCCUUGAAGCUCAUGCGAGACCUCAGUCAAAAUUUUCCAAACAAGGCAAGAUCACUGACAAGAGUGGCUGUAAAGAGUGAGAUGAGAAAAGAAAUUGAAGAGAACCAAAAGCAUCUUAGUGAGACCAUUGGUGUUCAGCCAGGAGACGGGGAGCUCUUCAUAAAUGGUCUUCAUAUUGAUCUAGAUCUUCACGACCCUUUCAGCCUUUUGGAGAUCCUUAGAGGAGAGGCCAGGGUCUUGGAAGGUCUUCACAACCUCGGUGUAAAAGGAGAGCAUCAGUACACGCUGCUUCGAUUGCCUGUGAACCAUGUGGCUGACAGCUAUGCCUUAGAUAUCAGACAUCCAGCUAUAAUGUGGAUGAAUGACAUUGAGAAUGACCCAAUGUACAGCAGCUGGCCAGCAGGUGUCGAGGAGCUGCUGAGAACAACCUUCCCAGGAGUCAUCCGACAGAUCAGACGGAAUUUCUUCAACCUGGUUCUGUUCCUCGAUCCGGAAGAGGAGAAAAGUGUCGAGCUCGUGAAACUUGCCGGGCUCUUCUACAAACACAAGAUCCCCUUGAGAAUUGGAUAUGUGUUUGUUGUCAACACCAAAGAUGAGAUUGAUGGCUUCUCGAAUGCGGGGGUUGGCUUUUACCGACUCGUGAAUUACAUCGCAGACGAGUAUGAUUUAUCCCAGGCCCUGAUAUCCAUGGCCUCAUUGUACAACAGAGUCAAUGAAGGGGAAACGUUGACGGCUGACACAAUCAUUGCUUUCCUGAAAAGCAAAUUCCCGAAAGCCAACACUGAAAGGAUCCUUGGUGCCAAAUCGGAGUAUGAUGGCAGAAGAACGGAUGGCACCCUUUUUUACAAAAAGAGUGGCCUGGGUGCCCUUCCGCUGGCAUUAUUUAACGGCGUCCCCCUGAGCCCAGAUGAGAUGGAGCCGGCUGAGCUGGAGAGCAUCAUCCUGCAGCACAUAAUGGACUCCACUACUGCCUUCCAGAAAGCUGUUUUCAUGGGUCACUUGACUGAGGGAACAAAUGUGAUGGAUUACCUAAUGGAGCAAGCCAACGUGGUACCCAGAAUGAAUCCAUUUAUUCUAAGUACAGAUCGGAAGUACCUGGACUUCACUUCCUCUCCAGUUGUCAGUGACUGGGAGGAUGCAACUAUGUUUUCAUUUCUGGACUCCAGAGACAAGACUGCUGUGAUGGCUAAUAGAAUGAAAUACCUGACUAAAAAUGAUGAGGACGGGAUGAGCGCUGUGACCAUGUGGAUUGUCGGAGAUUUUCAGAAAGCCUCGGGAAGAAAAUUGUUGCUUGCUGCGCUAAAACAUUUGAGUACCAGCCCUGGAGUGCGUGUGGGGGUGAUGGAUAAUCCCAGCGGAAGGCCCAGCGAAGAUAACACGGCCGUGUACCGGGCUAUCUGGGCUUCGAUCCUCACCCAAAAGAAUAAAUCCGCAGUUGAGUUUGUGCAAAAACUUGCGAGGGAAGAAAGUUACCAGCUCCUCCUGCAGGGGACCAAGAUGAAGGACUUGCUGCUGCAGGGGAUGAACACAGAUGCCUUUGAGAAGAAGUUCAACACACUCGAAGUAGAUUUCAUCCGCAGUCAGCAGCUCUUCUGCCGCGAUGUCCUGAAACUGAGUCCUGGACAGAGAGCAGUCAUCAGCAAUGGCAGGAUCCUCGGGCCACUCGAUGAGCAAGAGGAAUUCACUGCAGAGGAUUUCCAAUUGCUGGACAAGAUUACUCGGAGCAGCUCUGCUGAGAAAGUCAAAGCCCAAGUUAAACUGAUGGGGAUGAAGCCAAAGCAUGGCAGCAACCUAGUCAUGAAAGUCGACGCCCUGUUGGCUGCAGCGCCCAAGGCAGAGAUCCGAAGGGAUGUGAAAUUUCUCAAAGAGAGCCACAGCGUGCUGCAGCUCUCACCCCGUGAAAACGAGGUGUUCUUUGAUGUGGUGGCCAUUGUUGACCCACUUACCAGGGCAGCGCAGAAGAUGUCCCCCUUGCUGAUUGUGCUCAGUCAAGUGGUCAACUUAAGGCUGCGGUUGUUCAUGAAUUGCAGGGCCAAGUUGUCCGAGAUGCCCCUCAAGAGCUUUUACUCUUAUGUUUUGGAGUCUGAUGUCACCUUCUUGGCCAACGACACGAUGUCUGCCGGUCCGAUGGCCCGCUUCACGGAGCUCGCCGAAACUCCACUUCUCACCCUUAAUAUGAUAACACCAGAAGGCUGGAUGGUGCAAGCCCUCCGCAGCCCCCAUGACUUGGAUAACAUCCACCUUCAGGAGGUGAGUGGGACCGUGACGGCAGAGUAUGAGCUUGAGCAUCUCCUGCUCGAAGGCCACUGUUUCGACUUGUCGACCGGCCAGCCUCCUCGUGGACUGCAGUUUACCCUGGGCAUGAGUCGAGACCCUAUCAUGUAUGAUACCAUCGUCAUGGCUAACCUGGGGUAUUUCCAACUAAAAGCCAAUCCUGGUGCCUGGCUGCUCAAGCUGCGGAACGGACGAUCAGAGGACAUCUACCAGAUUCUGUCGCACGAUGGAACCGAUUCCCCAGCAAAUAACGGUGACGUUGUUGUGUUGCUGAAUAGCUUCCACAGUAAGAUCAUUAAAGUCCGGGUGCAGAAAAAGGCAGAGAAGAUGAAUGAAGAUCUUUUAAGUGAAACAAGUGAAAGCAAAGGCCUAUGGGACUCCAUUACAAGCAUCGCUGGACGUGGCCCCAAGAAGGAUGAAGGCGAAAAGAAGGAAGACGUUCUAAACAUAUUUUCAGUCGCCUCCGGUCAUCUGUAUGAGCGCUUUCUGCGGAUCAUGAUGCUCUCCCUCCUUCGCCACACCAAAACGCCCGUCAAGUUCUGGUUUCUCAAAAAUUACCUCUCCCCUUCGUUCAAGGAGACCAUCUCCCACAUGGCGGAGGCCUACGGCUUCCAGUACGAACUCGUGCAAUACAAGUGGCCACGCUGGCUCCACCAGCAGACUGAGAAGCAGCGCAUCAUCUGGGGCUACAAAAUCCUCUUCCUGGACGUCCUCUUCCCCCUGGCUGUGGACAAGAUCAUCUUUGUGGAUGCCGACCAAAUAGUUCGAGCAGAUCUGAAGGAGUUGCGAGAUCUAGACCUGGAGGGAGCUCCCUAUGGCUACACACCUUUUUGUGACAGCCGGACAGAAAUGGACGGCUAUCGCUUUUGGAAAAGCGGCUACUGGGCGUCGCAUCUGGGUCACAGGAAAUACCACAUCAGUGCGCUCUACGUGGUUGAUUUGAAGAAGUUCCGAAAGAUUGCGGCUGGCGACAGACUGCGAGGACAGUACCAAGCACUGAGCCAGGACCCAAAUAGUCUGUCAAACCUUGACCAGGACCUUCCCAACAACAUGAUCCACCAGGUGGCCAUCAAGUCUCUCCCACAGGAGUGGCUGUGGUGUGAGACGUGGUGUAACGACGCCUCCAAAGUGGCAGCCAAGACCAUCGACCUGUGCAAUAAUCCCAAAACCAAAGAGCCCAAAUUGUCGGCGGCGGCAAGGAUUGUGCCCGAGUGGGUCGACUACGACAACGAAAUCAAGCAGCUGCUCAAAGGAGUUAGUCGGCGGGACAAUGCCUCGACGUCUAAAGGGACGCCGUUGCAACAAAAUGGAGGCCAAAAGCGCGAUGAACUUUAGCAAACGGUUCAAAUGAGGACACCUGAAGUCAGACGAUUGCAUGCACACACGGGAUUUAUGUGGGAUAUUUGCCACGUGUGCUCCGGCAGUCACUUUGCACCAUCCACGCCUGACGUGUUCAAAUAACCAAGAGGGACAUCUCUACUGGCACACUUGGAAGAAUGAAGGAGAGUAAAAUGAGGGAGAUCAGGUUUGUGUUGACAUACAUUGCACUGAAAUCCUGUCUUAUUAUUUCAUAUAAUAUUUAAAAAGUGGUUUUUACAGUGUUAGAAAAUGCUCACGGUAGCACAAGGUCCAUCAGUUCAUCAUCAGUCAAGCCGUCCAUUAGAUUGACCAUUGUAGCUUCACUACGUUGACCAUGACGUGGAAAAAUAGGAAAGUUAUGAGUCAUGUUUUAAAAUUUAAUUUUUUGCCGUGAACAUGUAAAGAUUUUCACACAACGCAACAGUCCAGAAAGACCAACUCUUUCAAGAGAGUUGUGAGGUCCAGUGGUGCCUUGAGUUGACUUUGUUCCAUGUUCCACGCUUGUAACCAACAAUUUUUGCUUCAAUUCGACUGACAUUGUGAUGUUCCUUCUGGUGUCCGCGUCAUGGGGGAACACCCUACAGAUAUACAGUACAUGGAGAUGGUCAUAGCUCCUCAGUAAGCCGCAGUAUUAGCGACUCUUUUCAGAGGAUAAAUAAUACAUGACUGGAAGUAUUUCAUCUAUACGGACAUUGCUGCACUGUUUAUGUUCAAAUAUCCAUUGCUGAAAGAGUUAGAACACCACCACAUAGUUGCCAUUCACUAGCAGUCUAUGGCGUUUUCUGUUGUGUGUUAGUAUGAAGCUAGCUGAUCUAAGGUAAUGCAGUUGUUUUAAAUACAUGUGCAUCAUGUGAUUCUCUUCGUUUUAUGUUUAGUUUGACAGUAAACUUCAACUGGGAGUGACAAUGAGACGUUUCAAGCCUUUUUUUUUUUAAAGAAUUGUUUACUGUCUGCCAAAUUUCUGCUUGCUAUGAAGUGAAUUGAGUUCACUGCCACGAUUCAGCAAUGUACUUUAAAAAAAAGUAUUUUAACGUUUGGAUUUUUUACUGAACUUUGUAGUUGACUUUUGUGAAUUUGUGAAAUGCUUUCAAAGUAUUUUUUUCAUAUUAUAUAAAUGUAAAAAUUGGAAAUAUACAUGUUUAUUCUUGGAAAAUUUAUGUUGCCCCCCUCCCCCCCCACCCCUCUCCAUAAUACUCAAUUACAACUUUUCUCCCAAAAUGA